UGUAAUUUCUCAGGUCCAGCUGGAGGCGGUAAUGGGACUUUUAGGAGCCCAGAUGAAGGAGGAUCAGGAUGUAGUGUUUAGUUUCCGGUCAGUCUGCGGUAGAGCUCUGUUAGCAUGUAGCUCAGUUAGCUUGUAGCCCCUAGAUGAGCUAACGUUGUAGGUUAUUAGAGAAAUGUUACUGAAGCCUCUGUAGGUUUAGUUUAGUUCUUCUCUGUCUCUGACUCUCAGAGGUCUGGGAAAUGUCCGGGUUUAAAGACUCGUCCUUUGCGGUUCUCAGAGACUUGGGAGGACCAGCACCAAGAUCUGAACACGGAGGGGAGCUCGACCACCAACGAAACCUGCUGGAUGUGUUUUUAACACCUGGAGUUAAGACGCACAGAGCAGGUGACCAGCAGCUAAUUGUGAGUAAAGAAGAGCAGAAGGAGUGGAGCUCCAGCCUGGACCAGGAGGACUCGGAGCCCCCACACAUUAAAGAGGAACAGGAGGAACUGUGCAGCACACAGGAGGGAGAGCAGCUUCAAGGACUAGAAGAAGCUGAUACAACCACCUUCCCCUUCACCCUUGUCACCGUAAAGUGUGAAGAUGAUGAAGAGAAACCUCAGUGCUCCUCAGAGAGACGAAGUGAACAGAUGGAAACAGGAGCUGAUGGAGGGGACUGUGGAGGAGCAGAACCAGCCAAGGACUCAGGUCCAAAGAGACAGUCACAACCAGAGACUGAGAUCAAGACUGAAGACUUGUCUGGAAGUAGGACUGAAGAAAUUAAUAUUUGGCAAGAUGCCAGAGCCGACCGUUCUGGUGGAAACUCUGCAAAAAACAUUAGACAUGGGAGACACACGACAGAUGGCAAAUUACAUCACUGCUCUGAGUGUGAUAAAACAUUCAAAAAGAAACAGAAUCUUAUCUUACACAUGAGAAAUCAUACAGGAGAGAAACCCUUCAGCUGCUCUGUCUGUGGUAAAAGAUUUAUCCGAAAAGGAGAACUGACCAGACACCAUGUUGUUCACACAGAAGAGAAACCUUUCAACUGCUCUGUUUGCAAUAAACAAUUUAAACAUAAAGGGACUCUGACUAGACACUUGUUGGCUCACACUAGGAAGUCGUCUUUAUCUGAUUGCCAUGAAAUAUUUAACCAGGAGUGUAGUUUGCCUCUUCAUGUGGCAUGUCACAGUGGAGAGAAACCCUCUAGCUGCUCCAUUUUUGAACAAUUCUCUCAGUCUAAUCAGUUUGAGAAAGGUCAUUUUGAUGGCAGUCAGGUUUCAGAGCUUCAUCAACAUCAGACUGAAAAGAAAAGGGUGGCAGAAACAGGAAGUGAUGAAGAGGACUGUGGAGGAGCAGAACCAGCCAGGAACUCAGAUCAAGAGAGACAUUUACAACCAGAGAUUGAAGUUAAAAUUGAAGACAGGGACUGGAUGGAGACUAGAGAACACCAGUCAGGGUUUAUAUCUGUUGAAAACAUUCAAAUGAAGACAGGAAAGGCUGCUCAGAAAGCACAUAGUUGCCCUGUGUGUGGUAAAACUUUCACAAAGAAGCAGAAUCUUGCCCCACACAUCAGAAUUCACACAGGAGAGAAACCUUUUAACUGUGCAUUUUGCAAUAAAAAUUUCAACCAAAAAGAUACACUAACCAAACACAUGAUGGUUCACACAGGAGAGAAACCGUUUGAGUGCUCUGAGUGUGGUAAAAGAUUUAACAGAAAGUGGAAUUUGACCUCACAUAUAUUAAUUCACUCAAAGCAGUUACCAUACAGCUGCCCUGAUUGCAGUAAAACAUUUAAUCGUAAGUCUUGUCUAACUCUUCACAUGGCCCAUCACAGAGGGGAGAAGCCUUACAGCUGCUCUGUUUGUGAAAAAAGAUUUUCAUGGUCCAAACAGGUAAAAAGACACAAAUGUGUUGUUGGUCAGGCCUCAGAGCUUCAUCAGAACCACACUAGGGAGAAAAGAGAGGGUUGUGGAGGAGCAGAACAAGCCAAAAACUCUGAUCCAGACAGACAACCAGUGACUGAGAUAAAGACUAAAGACUCUCCUGGGGCUGAGACUACAAAUGAUAUUUCAAUGGAGGCCAAAGAAAGUCAGUCAAGUAUUCAUAAACCACAUAGCUGCUCUGUAUGUGGUAAAACAUUCAAACAGAAACCACAUCUGACCAUACACAUGAGAAUUCACACAGGAGAGAAACCCUACAUCUGCUCAGAGUGCGGAAAGGGGUUUACCCAAAAAGGGGGUCUGAACAAACAUUUGUUAGUUCACAGACAAGAGAAACCGUUCCCUUGCUCUGAGUGUGGGAGACAUUUUCGUCAAAAAGAGCAUCUGUCCAGACACAUGUUAAUCCACAAAGACCAGAAACCUUUCAGCUGCUCUAUGUGCAGGAAAAGAUUUAACAUGAAAGGGCUUCUGAAGUCACACAUGAAAGUGCACACAGAAGAGAAACCCUUCAGCUGCUCUCUCUGCAGUAAACAAUUUUAUCAGAAACAAAGUCUGACCAUUCAUAUGACGCGUCACAUUGGGGAAAAGCCUUUUAGCUGCAGUGCUUGUAACAGAGGAUUCUAUUGGAGCUAUCAGUUAAAAAGACACAGGUGUGGUGGAGGUCUGGCUUCAGAGCAUCUUCAAAACCAAACUGAGGUGAAAGAGGUAGGAAAAGGAGCUGAUAAAAUGAACUGUGGAGGAGUAGAACCAGCCAUGGACUCAAAUCCAGAAAGACAAUUUCAACCAGAGGUUGAGGUCAAGAUUGAGGACAGUGAUGAUGAUUGCACAGAGCCUGGAGAAAAUCAGCCAGAUUCAAAAAUUGGCAAAAGGAGGCGCAAAACUGUUAAGAAGCCUCACUGCUGCUCUGUUUGUGGUAAAACAUUCAAAAGGAAACAGACUCUGAAGAUACACAUGAGAAUUCACACAGGGGAGAAACCUUUUAGCUGCUCUGAAUGUGGUAAAAGAUGUAGCCAAAAGGGGAAUCUGAAAGUUCACAUGGCUCUUCACAUUGCACAGAAACCCUUCAGCUGCUCAGUUUGCAGUAAAACAUUUACUAGACAAGGGCGUCUGAACAAACAUAUGUUAGUUCACACGAAAAAGAAACCAAUCAGCUCUUCUCAAAGUGAACAAGCAUUAAAAACCUCACACUCCAUGGAUUAUCUCAGAGGUGAGAAACCCUACAGCUGUGCUGUUUGUGACCAAAGAUUCUCCAGCUCUCAACGGCUGCAAAGACAUACGUGUGUUGGAGGCCAGGCUUCAGAGCAUCUUCAAAAUCAGGCAGUGAAAAGAGAGAACAACACAGGAGCUGAUGGAGAGGACUGUGGAAAAGCAGAACCUUCCAGCAACUCAGAUCCAGAGAGAUAUUUACAAUUAGACACUAAGGUCAAGACUGAAGACUUAUCUGGAGCAGAGACUGACGACAGUGAUGACUGGACGGAGACCAAAGGUCAUCAGUCAGAUUUCACAUCAGUUAAAAACAUUGAAAACAAUGGAUCAGCUGCUGAAGAGAAAUCUCACUACUGCUCUGACUGUGGCAAAAUUUUCUUUCAGAAGCAUGAUCUUACCAGACACAUGAGAAUUCACUCAGGAGAAAAACCCUUCCGUUGCACUGAGUGUGGUAAAAGAUUUAACAGGAAGUCUUAUCUGACACUUCACAUGGCCCAUCACAGAGGGGAGAAACCCUACAGCUGCUCUGCUUGUGGCAAAAGAUUCUCCUGGCAUUAUCAAAUUAAAAAACACAAGUGUCUUGGACAUCAGACGUCAAUACCAAUCUGAGGAGAAAAGAGAAGCAGAAACAGGAACUGAUGAAGAGGACUGUAGAGGAGCAGAACCAGCCAGGAACUCAGAUCAAGAGAGACAUUUACAACCAGAGAUGAAGAUCAAGACUGAAGACUUUAGAAGCUGAGGCUGAAGACAGAGUUGAUGAUUGGAUGAGCAUCAGAGAUCAUCAGUCAGGUUUAAAUCUGUAGAAACAGAACAUUCCUGUUAUUGAUAUAAAUGUAUUUACUGGUACAUGCUGUUGGGUUAAGGGCCACACGGUGACGCCUCACAGCAAGAAGGUUUCUGGUUCGCUUUCCGGUCAGGGCCUUUCUCUGUGGAGUUUGCAUGUUCUCCCUGUGCAUGUGUGG